AUGUCAUCAGCUUCCAACGACAACAAAGCAAACCAAUGUAAUCCGAACAAUUCGGAAUAUGAUGGUCACCAAAGUGGUUAUGGUGGCACAGGUGAUGCCGCAGAUUUAAAUAAUCAUGCAAAUCAACUAAAUCCAAACAGUGAUAAAUAUGGUGGCGCCAGUCAAUCAAACACAGGCUCUUCAGGUGGAUCAAGUUCAAGUGGUGGUAAAAAAUGA